CGGGUGCCAAAUAAUAUUGGCGUGCGCAUUCCAAGGUGCAUCCCAUGAGCACGUUGGGUAGGAAGGGUAAUUCGAGGCUGCCUUGUGAGAUGUGGAUACUGUAUGGCUGAGCGAUCACCGUCCAAUCGUUGGCUUCUGGCCGAACGCCAGAAUCUGUCGCAAGGCGUCACGUCCUGGAUAGCACGCGACGACAUGCAGUCUGGCCACUUCGGGCCACGAAUAGAUCGGCCGCUAUAUCAAUGCAGGGUUCUUCUGGUAGCUUUCUCUCCCUGCGACUGCUAUCGUCGUACUGUUUAUCCGAUGCGUCCUGUUUCUAGUGUGUACUCUGACGCUUUUGAACUGGAAGAGGUCGCACGGCAGCUUCUCGGGAGCGCUUAUGAUGAUCAUGCCGAAGCGAUACGAGCACUCGAAAGCAAACGAGACGCGCUACAGCACCAGCGAAAUAUUGUACGUUCGUCAUGGGCCACUGUGUACCAGUUGCUUGAAAAAACGGCCGAUGCCGCUGCCAGUCUAUCCCGCUCUCUUAGGGACGCACAAAGAUUCAUGACUUUGGAGCGCAACAAAUGGCUGGCAAACUGCACUGCAAUAUAGUGCCACUCCAAAAAUGGGCAUGAGGUUGCUAUGACCCGAGCAUAUUGUCGUUUCGACGGCGACGGAUUUGUUCUGUUUCUCUCGACAGAGGAGGUUUGCUCAGUAUGUGGCUCGGCCAGAAACUCCAUGAUGAGGAUGCAACGCCUGUGCUCUUCCUGCAAUAGGUUGGGAUUAGUCCUGUGGAGC